AAUUUAAGCAAAAUACUAUUACUAUUUAUUAAUAUAAUUAAUACACUAAUAUUAUUAUCAAAUGGUCAGUUAGAAAACUUUGAACAACAAAUUGAUGUUCAAAAGUGGCAACAUUUUGAUGAAAACAAAAAUUAUACAAAAAUUGAUGACGUGAUCAGUGAUGCCCGUAAAGAGUUGCGGGCAUUGAUGGACAACUACGUAAUACCAGGAGCUAUAGUGGCCUUUAGUAUUAAAGGCAAAACUGUUUGGUCCGAGAGUUUUGGUUUAUCAGAUAUCGAGAACAAUGUGCCCACACAUGUGGACAGUCCGUGGAGAUUGUGUAGUAUUAGCAAAACGGUUACAUCAGCACUAGUCGGUCAACUAAUAGACAAAAAACUCUUAGAUCUGGACAAACCUAUUAACGACUAUUUGCCGAUCAGUUUGUUUCCUAUUCAUCGAUACAAUGGCACUGAAUAUAAGCUAACACUGAGACUACUGAUGUCACAUAUGGCUGGUCUACACGUAACGGCACUUCCCGAUGAUUUCGGUAGUUUUUUUAAGGCAACAAAUGUCACACAAAUGAUUAGUUUGUUUAAUAACGAACCGUUGCUCUACAAACCGGGAACCAAAUGGGAUUACUCUAAUUAUGGUAUUCAAGUGGUCGGUGCUAUCAUAGAGUCAAUACUCAAAACUAAUUUUGUCGAUGAAAUGUCGAAACUGUUUGCUAAAAUUGGUAUGAAUUCAACUGUUAUUGAAAAACAUGAAAAUCUACUCAAACAUAGACCCAGAUAUUACUCUGCAUCACCUGAUAAGCCAACUGUACUUCAAACUAGUGAUCUGAUUGACGAUAUGUUUAACUACGAGGGCUGGUGGCCGGCCGGUGGUAUACUAUCAACUGUUACCGAUAUGUUAAGGUUUGGCAACACAAUGGUUGAUGCCUAUCACGGAACUGAUCAAUCAAUCGUAAGCCAAUCGACAAUUAAAGAGUUAUGGAAACCGGAAACUGUUGGCAAAAUAAAACCGGAACUCCAUAAAGAUUACGCAAAACAAUGGGUCGUAUAUAAUAUGAAUUCAUGCUAUCCAUACAAACUGGCUGUCGGACACUCGGGUGGCCUAUUGGGUACAUCAACACAGUUAACAUUGUUUCCCAAUGAACACAUUGUCGGUACAAUAUUUACCAAUAAAGGCAGUCUACUAGUAUUGCCUGACUAUAUUGCACAAGUAGCUGGAAAUGGUCAGUUAGAAAACUUUGAACAACAAAUUUGUGUUCAAAAGUGGCAACACUUUGAUGACAACAAAAAUUAUACAAAAAUUGAUGACGUGAUCAGUGAUGCCCGUAAAGAGUUGCGGGCAUUGAUCAACAACUAUGUAAUUCCCGGAGCUGUAGUAGCGUUCAGUAUUAAAGGCAAAACUGUUUGGUCCGAGAGUUUUGGUUUGUCUGAUAUCGAGAACAAUGUGUCCACACAUGUAGAUAGUCCGUGGAGAUUGUGUAGUAUUAGUAAACCGGUUACAUCAGCACUGGUCGGUCAGCUAUUAGACAAAAAACUGCUGGAUUUGGACAAACAUAUUGACAACUAUUUGCCGCUCAGUUUGUUUCCUAUUCAUCGAUACAAAGAUAUUGAUUAUAAUCUAACACUUAGGCUAUUAAUGUCACAUAAGGCUGGUCUUCACGUAACGGCAAUUCCCGAUGAUUUCCAUAGAUUUUUUAAAGCAACAAAUGUUACGCAAACUAUCAAACAGUUUAACAACGAACCAUUGAUAUUUAAACCGGGAACCGGUUGGCUAUACUCUAAUUAUGGUAUUCAAGUGGUCGGUGCUAUCGUAGAGUCGGUAUUGAACAGCAAUUUUGUCGAUGAAAUGCCAAAACUAUUUGCCAAAAUUGGUAUGAAUUUAACUUCGUUGGAAAAACACGAAAAUCUAGUCAAACAUAGACCCAGAUAUUACUCUGCAUUACCCGAUAAGCCAACUGUACUACAAAAUAGCGAUCUGAUUGACGAUUUGUUUAACUACGAGGGCUGGUGGCCGGCCGGUGGCGUACUGUCCACUGUUGGCGAUAUGUUAAGAUUUGGCAAUGCUAUGAUUGAUGCCUAUCACGGAACUGAUCAAUCAAUAGUUAGUCAAUCAACAAUUAAAGAGUUAUGGAAACCCGAAACCAUUGGCAUAUAUAUACCUCCGAUAUAUAAUGCAGAUUAUGGAAAACAAUGGAUGAUUUAUCAUACAAAUGCUAGCUAUCCGUACAAACUGGUUGUAGGACAUGGAGGUAGUCUAUUGGGUACAUCAACACAGUUAACAUUGUUUCCCAAUGAACACAUUGUCGGUACAGUAUUUACCAAUAAAGGAGGUAUUAUUAUAUUGCCUGACUUUAUAGCAAAAGUGGCUGAAAAAUUUAAAAAUUUUAUUUGA